GAGAGAGAUGGACCGUCAUCACUCAAUGUUUGGUUUUCUCGUCGCUCUCCUCUGCGAAUCUUAGAAAUGAUGUCUUCAGAAAAGCUGGAUAAUGUAUUGGACCCAGAUUCCAUCUCCAUGUUUGACUGACCUGAAACUUGACAUUUGGAAGUCUACUAAUCUAACAAGAUACAACCUGUUGAUAUGAAACGGUGAUAAUAUGUAUGGCUAGAAAGAUGUAAAGUAACAAUAUAAAAAAACAUUUAGUCAACUUCAAGAAGGCCGUUUUCUUUUGCCAUUUGGAGGGCGUUCUAAUGGACCAAGAAUCCAAGGCUGUGUAGACCUGGAUUUUUCUUUGAAAUCAUGGGUUGUGGCGGCUCUAGGACAGAUGUGUUGGAGCCAAGAUACAUGGAAAGCUGGACCAAGGAGACAGAGUCCACUUGGCUGACCAGCACAGACACAGACAUACCUCUGUCCUCCAUCCAUAGCAUUCCCUCAGAAAACUCUUCUGAGGUGGGCUUUCCAUCAGAGAAAACUCCCAACCCUGAUCUCUUUGAUGAUGGCCUGCCUUCUCCAGCUCAGGCAUAUCUGAAAGUGUGUUCUGCCAUGUCUGAGGUGGGCCUGAAUGAAAUUAAAUCUGGCACAACCCCUGCAAUACUCUCAUCCCAAGAGCAGGAGGUGCUGUCCACUUCUGGUACCAUGGUGCAGAGGAGAAGUGUGUUGCGAACUGAAGAAAUAACCAAAUGGCAGGACAACAAGAUGUCAACAAAGCAGGUGACCAUCACUGUGACUCAAAGUAUCCGGCAGGUAGACAAGAGCGGGAAGAUCAAGGAGACCUCCCAAACCAACUAUGAGGUCAUGAAACCAAUGGAGGCUCUAAUGGAUGCAGCAGUUGACGCAGUGCCACAAUGAGAUGGUUACAAUUUUUCCUUUACCAGAAACACAUUGUAUAUUGGAUUUCAUGGACCAAAGUAGAAAGCAAAGAUGACCAAAGAUGAAUGAAGUACAUCAGUGCUGUGAUUAAAGUAUCAAUGGUCAAUGCAUUAGCUGCUUCAUCAUUGAGUUACAGAAGACAUUAGAUUGUUUAAAUUGUAUCUAUUUUUUUUAUGUACUUCUUCAAUAAUGCCUUUGUUGUAUUUUUUUAUUUAUUUAUUUUUGUCUACAAACACAAUCUCAUCUACCAACUGUACAAAC